UCCUUAUCUCCUAUAUCUCAUGUUCCCACCCAUCAUAAAAGCAGCACUGUCAGCAGUGUGUAAGACGAGGACUAAUAAGAGGCAACAUUACAGAAACACUCCCAUAACUUAACAGUAAAGGAUCAAUUAUCACCUGCUUCGUGCAGGUAUCUCAAAGGAAUAUCAAACCUCAUUAAAAGACGGGUGGCAACUUCACUCGAUACCAUGACAGAUAACAAGGAUCUUAAGAAAGGAGAGAAGAGCAAAGGGAAGAGUAAAUUGGUGUUAGGCUACCCGCUCAGCAUCUUCUUCAUUGUGGUAAAUGAGUUCUGCGAGAGGUUCUCAUACUAUGGCAUGCGAGCUGUCCUGGUGCUGUACUUCAGGUACUUCUUGCGCUGGGAUGAGGACUUGGCCACCUCCAUCUAUCACACCUUUGUGGCUCUCUGCUACCUGACCCCCAUCCUUGGGGCCAUUGUGGCUGAUUCCUGGCUGGGAAAGUUUAAGACUAUCAUCUACUUGUCCAUUGUCUACGCAAUCGGCCAGAUUGUGAUGGCUAUCAGUGCAGUCCAUGACAUCACUGACACGGACAAAGACGGGACACCAAACAACAUGACCUUUCACAUUGCAUUGUCCAUGGUUGGUCUCUUCCUCAUUGCUCUGGGCACUGGUGGCAUCAAGCCUUGUGUUGCUGCCUUUGGUGGAGACCAGUUUAAUGAGAAUCAGGAAAAGCAAAGGAGGACUUUCUUCUCUGUAUUCUACCUGUGCAUCAAUGGAGGAAGUCUCCUGUCAACCAUUAUCACCCCAGUCAUCAGAGCUCAGGAAUGUGGCAUCCACAGUAAGCAGGAAUGUUACUCUCUGGCUUUUGGUGUCCCUGCAGCACUAAUGGUGGUUGCACUUGUGGUGUUUAUUGCUGGAAGUGGUAUGUACUACAAAGCUGAACCACAGGGAAACAUCAUGCUGGAUGUGUGUAAAUGUAUAGGGUUUGCCAUUGAAAACCGCUUCAACCACAGAAGCAAGAAAUACCCGAAGAGGCAACACUGGAUGGACUGGGCAGAGGAAAAAUAUGACAAACUCCUCAUUGCUCAAAUCAAAAUGGUGCUGAAGGUCCUCUUCUUAUAUACCCCACUGCCGAUGUUCUGGACCCUGUUUGACCAAAAGGGUUCUAGAUGGACUUUUCAAGCCACCACCAUGGAUGGAAACUUUGGUCUAAUUGUCAUACAGCCUGAUCAGAUGCAGACUUUCAACCCCAUCCUGAUCCUGACUCUGGUGCCUAUCAUGGACAACUUAAUCUACCCACUGAUCAAAAAAUGUGGCCUUAACUUCACACCUCUGAAGAGAAUGACAGUGGGAAUGAUUUUGGCAGCUAUAGCUUUUGUCUGUGCUGCUCUGGUUCAGAUUGAAAUUGAUAAAACCUUGCCCACCUUCCCAUCGGCCUCUCAGAGUCAGUUGAAGCUAUUUAACAUGGGCAACAACCCAGUGAGAGUUGAUCUGCCUGGCAACAAAACUGUGGAGGUUCCUGCAAAUAUGGCCAGUGACGAAUUCUACACAUUUGAAACAGAAAACGUCACCAUUUCAAUAGGCAGCCCUGCAGUGACUGAAACUAUUUCCUUAGACAAGGGACAGCGACAGACACUCUUCAUUCCUUCCACCAUCACUGACAAAUGGCUCUUGACUGAUGAUUUGACUUCCAAACCAGAAAAAGGCAAAAAUGCUAUCCGAUUUGUGAAUGGAAUGAAUACAACAGUGAACGUAUCAUCUCCUGCUGAUGACUUUGGACUGAUUUGGAUUGACUCGUUUUAUUAUGCCAACUACUCAUUGGUAAAAAGUGGAAACAUCACCUUCACCAUACAGAGUGAUUCACAGUCAUGUGAAUACAGCAAGGACUUUGGAUUCGGAAGUUCAUAUACCUUCUUUAUCCCCAGCACUUUUGUCUUUGGACCGAAUUGCCAGGACUCUAUUACUGUCACAGAAUACAUCAUGCCCAACUCGGUUCACAUAGCUCUUCAGAUCCCACAGUACUUCUUCAUUACUGCUGGUGAAGUCAUGUUUUCUGUUACUGGUCUGGAGUUUUCUUACUCACAGGCACCUAAUAACAUGAAAGCAGUGCUGCAAGCAGGCUGGUUGUUCACUGUUGCUAUUGGCAACUUCAUCGUACUGAUUGUGGCUGAGCUUGCAAAGAUUCCCGAACAGUGGGCAGAAUUCAUCCUUUUUGCCUCUCUCUUGUUGGUGGUGUGUGUCAUCUUUUCAAUUAUGGCAUAUUUCUACACAUACAUUGACCCUGCAGAAAUUGAGGCCCAGUUCAAGAAGAAGACUGAUGACGAUGAUGAGGAUGACAAAAGCCAGAUACAGAAGUCAGAGAUUGAGAUGAUGAAGAAAAACUCAGUAAAAAGUCACAAUGAAGAUGACUAAUAGUUAAAAAGUCCAAACACGAAUAUUGUAAAAGGACAAGUAGAUGUCCAUAAUCCAUUUAUAUCUAAAAUUCAACAUCAACGCUAGGUUAGAAUAUCCUUAUUGUCUAUUUUUGUGCAUGUGUGUGAGUGUUUUAGUUAUUUUAUAUUCAAAUGCCCAAAUCCUGUGAGCAAAGCACCAAAGACGCCGGAUUUGUUAACAUUAUACUAAGUAUAAUAAAUUCAUACUGAAAGUUUGGUAUAAUAACAAUGACAGAUGAAUGCUAUUAUUUCCUAACAGAUGUUAUUAGAUGUAAUUGUUUUGUAUUUUGUUGUAAGUAAGCAAUAAAAAGCAAAUCCUGUUCCUAAACACUUGUCUAUAUAUCCUUUGGCAAAAGGCAGUUGAACCUAUAAUUCUUGUUCAUUUUCUCUCUGAACCUGAUACCUGAAAUCUACAGCUUUAAAACACACAGCCGUAUGAGACUGAAUAGGGUUGUUUUUUGCAAU